AAAAAAAAUAAAAAAAAAUCACAGAACCUUCUCAACCCUUGAACAAAACAAAAAUAACAGUCACAUUCUAUCAGACUUGCAAAAAUGGUUUUCUAGUGUCCGAAGUCUAGUCUAGACCAACCUUUCUCUCCUCCUAUCUACUCAUUUCAUUGUAUAAUUUCGACCUAAUAAUCCAAUCUAGAAGAAAACUACAAUAGCACUGUAGAAAUAGGGGGAAAACCCUAAAAUUUAUUCCCAAUAUUUCCCAGAUCUUUCUAGAUCUAAGCUAGAAAACGAUCUGGGGUACUAAUUUUUUUUGGGGUUGAUCUUACAUUUUAUUUAUUUUGGUGGGUUUUGAUCGAAAUUAUUCAAGAUGAAUAUCUUCAGAUUAGCUGGUGAUAUGACCCAUUUGGCCAGUGUUCUUGUUUUGCUUCUCAAGAUCCAUACCAUCAAAUCAUGUGCUGGUGUUUCUUUGAAGACUCAGGAACUCUAUGCAAUUGUUUUUGCUACUCGCUACCUGGAUAUCUUCACAGAUUUCAUAUCAGUGUAUAACACUGUCAUGAAGCUAAUAUUUCUCAGCAGCUCCUUUUCAAUUGUUUGGUACAUGAGAAGCCACAAGAUUGUCAAGAGGUCAUAUGACAAAGACCAAGAUACCUUCCGACACUGGUUCUUAGUAUUGCCUUGCUUGCUCUUGGCUUGUCUUAUCAACGAGAGAUUCAAUUUUAAAGAGGUCAUGUGGACAUUUUCCUUGUAUUUGGAAGCAGUUGCCAUACUUCCCCAGCUGGUAUUGUUGCAGAGAACUAGAAACAUUGACAACCUGACUGGACAAUAUGUGUUUCUUCUAGGGGCAUAUCGUUCAUUGUACAUCCUCAAUUGGAUCUACCGCUACUUCACCGAGCCUCACUAUGUCCACUGGAUACCAUGGCUAGCUGGGAUUGUUCAGACACUGCUUUAUGCUGACUUCUUUUACUAUUACUUUGAGAGCUGGAAAAACAACCGAAAGCUCCAGUUACCAGCUUAAGCAUUUCCAAUAACUUGCCUGGGUUGCCAGUUGUGUCUUGAAUUAUUGAAAAAUGAAAAAGUAUGGCCAACAUUUCAUGCAAUGCAAAUAUGCAAUGCCCAAGAUGUGUGAUUUCAUGAACAUGGUUAUCCAUUUACGUUUAGCCUAGCUCUUUUUGUCAGCAAUCUGGAUAUCACUAUGUAUGUUGGGUUUUUGCAACUCUCAGAACCAUGUAUACACUCAGAAUUUUAGAUUUUAUUUCCUGUCUAGUAAAGGCAUUCUUUUCUUCUUCAAAAUAGUGGAGCUGAACCUUAUAUAGAAUACACGAAAUGUCUGAAGAUUUCUUGUAAAUGUUCUGCCCGGCUUUUUAUCUGUCUGCACCAAGAUAUUUCCCAUGUUACACGCCUCAUAUGGUUAUCAUAAGAUCUAUUGGACGAAGCUUU